AUGGAACCUGAGCAGUUUGGCACCCAGAAGCCAAGAUCCACAGUCAUGACCUUCCGGCCAACCAUGGAGGAGUUUGCAAAUUUCAGCAAAUACAUUGCCUACAUGGAAUCCCAGGGUGCUCAUAAAGCUGGCCUAGCAAAGGUCAUUCCUCCCAAGGAAUGGAGAGCCAGAGAGUCUUAUGAUAAUAUCAGUGACCUCUUAAUAGCCACUCCUCUGCAGCAGGUGGUCUCUGGACAGGCAGGUGUGUUCACUCAAUUCCAUAAAAGGAAGAAAUCCAUGACAGUGCGGAAGUACCAGCACCUGGCCAACAGUGCAAAGUACCAGGCUCCUCCGCACCAGAGUUUUGAAGAUUUGGAGAGAAAGUACUGGAAGAAUCACCUCUGUGGUUCCCCAAUUUAUGGUGCUGACAUCAGUGGCUCUUUGUUUGAUGAAAACACAAAGCAGUGGAACCUUGGGCACCUGGGAACCAUUCUGGAUCUGUUGGAGGAGGAGUGUGGAGUUGUCAUCCAGGGUGUCAACACACCCUACCUCUACUUUGGCAUGUGGAAGACCACAUUUGCGUGGCACACGGAGGACAUGGACCUCUACAGCAUCAACUACCUGCACUUUGGGGAGCCCAAAACAUGGUAUGCAGUGCCUCCAGAGCAUGGCAAACGCCUGGAGAGGCUGGCCAGGGAGCUUUUCCCAGGCAGUUCCCGAGUCUGCAGAGCAUUCCUGAGGCACAAGGUGGCUCUCAUCUCACCCACAGUGCUCAGGAACAAUGGGAUCCCCUUUAACUGCAUGACUCAGGAGGCUGGGGAGUUCAUGGUGACAUUUCCCUAUAGCUAUCAUGCUGGCUUCAACCACGGCUUCAACUGUGCAGAGGCCAUCAAUUUUGCCACCCCUCGGUGGAUUGAUUAUGGUAAAGUGGCUUCUCAGUGCAGCUGUGGGGAGGUGAGGGUCAGCUUUUCCAUGGAUGCAUUUGUGCGCAUCCUGCAACCUGAGCGCUAUGAGUUGUGGAAAUGUGGACAGGAUGUGGUCACUGUGGAACACACUGGAUGGCAUGCAGUUCUUAGUUCACAGGAUCAGCCCUUGCUUGAAGAGGAAGCUUCAGUGGAGGAGCCCAUGUCUGUGAGCACUGGGUUGCAGGUUCCAGGGCAGCCUUCUGGCUGUUGUUGUGCCCCUGAUCUGCAAUUCCUGGGUUCCCCACUAGACCCUCAGAAUCCUAUGCACCCUGGUUCCUGCUUGCAGUCCCUGGACAGCCUUCCAACUGAUCUUCCUGAAGUUUCCUUACUGACUGCUCCUAACAUAGAUGUGCCUUUGGGAAAGUUCUCCAGGAAAACUGCUGGCAACAGCAUCAACCCUGGAAACCUGGGUGAAGUGGAAAGGAUGGAGCACUCUUAUUCGUCUCCAAUCCUGGAUUCACCAGAUGUUGCCAGAUACCUUUUGCAACUGACUCACUUCCACUGGACCUAA